UUCUUCUUUAAAAUAUGGUGAGAAUGAAAAGCAAGGAGCGUAUGAAGGGAUGGGUAUAGCAUAUUUCGAAUAUUUGAAAACAGAAUCUCAGUCUGAAUUUUAACUUUGACCGGUACAUAACUUCAUCUCUAAUAAUAAAUAAAACUGAAUCUGGCAAACGUGAUGACAUUGUCUUCCUGAUUUCGAUCUGCAAUUGAAAGUUUGAUAAUAAUAAUAAAAGUGAAAUAUUAAAUUAUUAGUGGUCUGAAAUUUUCAAAAUUUGAGGCUUUUUAGUUUCUACGAUGGGGUAAAUACAUGGAAAUUUGCAUAUUCCUACAAAAAUUCCAGAUAUUCGUGUUUAGUGAACUACACAAAAUAAAGUGUUAAAGUGACUUCGAUGUGAAACUAAAUUUCUUGAAAAUUUGUUACGAGUUUAUGAAAAUGGGUCUAAAAACAUUUCGACUCAACCUCACAAAAUCAAAGAGGCCAUGGAUUUGCCGUAAAUUGGGGAAAACUUUUUCAGUGCAAAAAGUGAUUUGUGUCAUUCUAUUGUUUAUUAACAGUGUGCAAUUAUCCUCCACGAGCAGUGGAAAUAGUAGUAACAGUAAAAAUAACGAGCCAUUAUUAUCAUCCUCCUCCUCCUCUUUACUAAUUAAUGCCAGAACACCUCGAAGUAUUGACGACAAAUUUCGUGUUUUUAAAUAUGUAACGGAAGACGAGAUUAUAAAUUCGGACGAUAAAAAAUCUCCUCUCCUCAUAGAAAGUAAAACUAACCUUGUUUCUCCCCCUCAUAAAAUUACCCACGAGGGUGGUGAAACGUUAAAAAAGUCACACCAGGAAAACCCCGUUGUUCCCACCUCCUCAAAAACCAAAAAGAAUAGGAAAAGCAAGGGUGUAAUUGUUAAUAAAAAAGUUGGAAAUGGUAACACGAACAAGCUGGUUGACCCAGUGUUAAAAUCGUCAAGUGCACCCACCGUGACCGAUAUCAGGUCACUGAUUCCCAACUCCUUCUUUACGCAGGCUUCAGACCCACAAACCCACAACGUUGAGCAAGUCUUCUCACAACAACAAAUGAAUGUGCCUCAUAAAAAUCAUCACCAUAAUCACGGCGAUAAUCUGCAAAAGCUCAGUAGUAGUCAUCAACACCAAGAAAAUGGAAAUCACCAUAAGAAGACGGACCAUGCAAAAGCAGCAGAUGGAUCUCCUUCUGGGACAGCAUCAGUAAUGCAAACAAAUCGCAAUAAUAAUAAUAAAAAGCGUUUGUUGGCCCAAAAUAGAAAUUCAAAUAAUAAUGAAAGAAGGCACGAUCCAAAUUUAGAACGUGAUGGUGAAAUGAAAAUGAAUUCCUCUGUGAAUGGUAACGAAACGAGUUUAUCCUUGAAUGAAUCGGAACGGUCGAGACGUUCUCCGUUCGGCGCGACGACGACGACGAGGGGAGGAGGAGGAAACAAUAGGAUCAUGCUGAUGCAUCAAAAUCAUAUGCCAAUCAUGCACCAAAAUGCGCAGAGAAGGAUUUUGAACAAUCAAAAUCACAAUGGGAAUAACUUUGGUGUUAGAAAGACGAAUUCUGGUGGAUCUGGGAGUAAAAAGCAGAAAGUGCAGAAUAAUAAUCGGGCCGCGUUGUAUAAUCGGAACCAUAAUCAUCAUCAGAAUUACCAACAGUUUCCGGUCCAAGUCCCCGUACAACAUCAAUACAUGCAGACAAUGAACGGGUAUAAACAAGUGCCUGUGGUAAUGAUGCAAAAUAAUAAUAAUAAUGGGAAUCGUGGCGGCGUUGCGGUCGUACAACGACAGAAAAUGGACAAUAUUCUCCCCUCGCCAUCCUCUGAUUUUGUUCAGUACCAAACCAUCAUGGAAGAACCGACUUGGAAUCACCCGAUGUACCAGAGGUAUAAAAAAGUUGCGAAAAAUAUGCAAAAGAAAGUUUCCGGGUUCGUAUCGAGGCGUCCCAGCCAGGGACGAAGGGACGGUGGUGGUGGUUUCAGGUCCUCAGAUUUUUCUAAAAUUCCACCCAUUCCACUCCCAAGACCGAGACCACCGGGACAUAAUGGUGGUCGUGGAGUGAGGUCACGACCGACAAAUGGUCCCCCGCCACCUCCAGGAAGGUAUUCAUAUCCAAAAUCAGCUCAAAGUAUUCAAGAUAUUUUAAACCACUUUCAAUCUGAUAACAAUGACAUCGAUGUUGAUGGACCCGGACCCAAAGGGGCUGGAUCGAGAUAUCCCGUGCGGAAUAAGAAUAGCAAUAAUAAUAGAAAUCAUCGAGACGACGGGCCCGCUUUAGUCACGGACCUUUCCGGUGAACUUAAAGACGUACGUUUCUCACUGCUCCGGGACAUUAAAGAAUUUGCAAAACGACCCAUGACCAUGGGCGAUAAUGAUCAUAAUGAUGACGGACCUCCAGAAUCGGAACGCUAUAAACACCAUAAGGAAGAUAUCCCACAACUACGAAGUCCCCCAGUACCAAAACCACCACGCAGAAUUGAAGAGCAUGACGAUGAUGAGGAUGGUCCGUGGAGAAAUAAAAAGCACAAAAAAUACGACUCUGACGACCGAGAUGAAGAUCCAUUUUCUCCAGAGUACAACCACGAGUCAGGAUUUGACGACAUAUUUAAUCCAAAGCCUAAACCGGUCCGAGACAUGGUCAAUGGGAAGAAAUCGUCAAGAUUUCGUCAAUCUCAAUAUCACGACCGUGACCGGGAGGAAUCGAGAGAGAAAGAAUAUCACAGUACCCAGCACGCUAGUCGGAAGAAGGACCGUCCCACUACAUCCAACGAUAGGUUUCACGAUUCCCCACAUUACUACGACAAGAAGAAGCAGUCGUCAUCGUCAUUAUCUCGUCAUGACACAAAUGACGAAGACAGCACGGAAAGACCAUUUAAGGAUGUACAAUCAUCCAGAGGACCAUCAUCACCCUUCUCGAGCAGUGUGGAAGUUGAGAUUGACCGGAAACAGGAUACUCGUAUCAGAGGCAGAGAUAGACAUCGCCCGGCGGACCGUGGUGUCAAGAAUCAAAAUGGUGAUGAUCGAGAUGGGGAUAGAAGUUAUCUGUCCAGUUAUGAAAUUGAGCGGACCCGUCGCCCUUCAAAUUCAAAAUCAUCAUCGGGACAUCAUCGACGAGAUCGAGAAUGGGAGCGAGAUCACGACUACCCGAAAAGUAUUCGAGACAAGUUACGAGAUAUCCAACAUGAUCCAACUUCCUCUAUCGAGUAUCCACCCCCAUCGUCCCCCUACGCCAAAAAGUCGCCCUACGAUUACGACACUGACACAAGAUUAGACUACAACAAAUACUCUCCUCCGACCGGACCAUAUAAAGAGAACAAUAAACCCAUCGUUCUCAAACGACCAUACGAGUCAUACCCAACGCUGCCCGAUAACAAGGAAAAAAAGAUGCAAAAUCACGAAUUUUGGAACAAUUAUGCAUCCGCAACUGAAAAAACUCUGAAUGGUUAUUUCAAUCCGGGCAAUAAUUUAGCACCCUCACUUUCACCACCGCAUAUGCCUCAUCGGUACAAUAUUCCUCCUCAUCAGCAUCCCGCUCCUCCCACGAUGCCCACAAUGGGGUCUAUGGCACUUAAUCCGUACUUCAACUUGGCUGCGAGAGGUGUAUUACCCACGGUGGGGGAUCAUCCUGAAGACAUAUUAGAAAUCCAUACAGGUCAACUGCGACCUCCGCCAUCCUCCUACGGUCAUCCAGACAACAGCAUGCAGAAAGCGUAUUUGGAUUUGCUUCAGCAGAAAAUGCAUUCAGACGCGUCCCUCCUAAACAAUCAAGUUCCAUUGCCAAUAAUGCCUCCAAAAAUUACAACGACUACUCGGAAAACACCAACCCCGAUGCGAAUGAAGAUCCAUAUUUAUCCCAACGAACAAUCCGACCCUCCACCAGCACCAGCAUCACCCUCGCAACAAGUAAUAAAUAACCAACCGACUUAUCAUCAACCCCCCACAACGAAUAAUAUGAAUGGUGGUGGUGGGUCUCAUCCAUCCGCCGGAUAUUAUUCUCCUUCGUCGGGUGGGUCGUCGAGUUACUCGUCCAACACGGUCCCACUUUUGUCGCCACGAUACCCCCAGAAAGUUGGGGGCAUCACGUACAAUGACAACAGGAAUUUACACCUCGGUCCAGGUCCCGGGCCUGGAGUUCGACCUGGGCAACAGCAGGGCAUGAACCAUCAUCACCACCAUAAUAAUGACGACGGGCAAAGUUCUGGGGACAAAAAUAACAACAACAAUAAGAAUUUAGUCUUGCACCUUCACGUUCAUCGCAGAAACGACAUGGGACCCGUCGAAUUGGAGGCAGAAGCGUCCGACCAUUUCAUGUCGACGGACAAACCUAUUAAUUACAAAGAAAUUUAUGAAGACUCCAACAAUCAAGACCUCUCGAAUCAUGCAAGUGCCAACAACAAUAAUAAUAACGAGCAGCCCGAAGGUGACAAAAGCGUGUCGAUGGAGGUACCAAUUCACGACGAUAAGAUUGAUGAUGUCUUACAUACGUUACUCCAGCUUCGGAACCCGUCCAGAAAGAAGAGAAGGAAGUAGGAGACUCCGAAAUCCGAUAGCCAAUACCAAUUAUUAUUUUUUUAAUAGGUGGAUAACUUGGUAUGUUCUUAAUAGUCAUAAAAUUGGUGAAUGGUGCCUUUGGUUGUAAAGCCUUCGAUAUCACUAAUAUUCAGUUAAGAAACCGUUUGUUUGGUCCAUUUGAUAUGUAUAAGUUACAAUUAGUAAUUAUGAAGUCUGCCUAUGUAUUUUUUCUGUUAUGAGUGCUUUGCUAUUCUGUGUUGUAAUAACUGUAAAUAACAAAAUGAAAAUAAUAAAUAAUUCGUUCAUUAAUAUACCAAUUUAUGUAUGGAACUAGAACUCGUUUAUUCAAAUUUUUAUGAAGUGUAUAACUGCAUCUUGAUUUAAUGCUCUCAUUCAAUGCAGCGAUAUAAUAAGAAUAGGAAUGAUUAAAGUAAGUCAAAUGUGACAUGAUACAUACUACUAACUAAAUAUUUAAAUAGACACUUUAGGUAACUAACUAUGUAUAGGUCUUAUCUUUGAACUAGAACGAUUAUCACAUGAAUAAGUGAUUUAAUAUGCUUUACAAACUUUGCAAUUGCAAAUCAAAAAUAAUUCAUUAGAGAAAAUAAGUUUGUCAUCAUAAAUAAAAA